AUGGAAGUCACAAAUUUCAUUCGUACGCGCGGGCAAAUAAAAGGUUCUUUCACAAAAUAUAGAAGUUAUGUUUUAGCAGCAACUGAGUCUACAAGUUAUGAGGCGCUGAAGAUCCGGUGCGACCGGCUUGACGCCUUAUGGGAAGAAUUUGUAGAUGUCGACAAAAAAAUCGCAUCGCAUGAUGACCAAGUGUCCGAAUAUUCUUCGCAGGAAGAUGUCUAUCUGGACCUCAAAGAACGCUUUCUCGUACUGCUAGCCACUCGCUCCACCCCAUCAGCUAUCAUCUCAAGUACUGGAGUGGAAGAUCUAAAUACAACCCUCAACCGAUUCACAGAAACUCAGCGCAGUAUGCUUGACCAAGCUCGCAGCUGCGAUACGCGUUUACCAAAGUUCGACAUUCCUGCCUUCCAUGGGGAGUACUGCAAGUGGCCAACUUUUAAAGAUCUGUUUUUAAACACUGUACACAACGUAAAUACAAUAUCUAAAUCUCGAAAAUUCCAGUACCUGCAAAUGUAUCUGAAAGGCGACGCUGAAACGGUGAUUUCGGGUAUUGUUUGCUCAAAUGAAGCAUACGACAGAGCUUGGAGCAAGCUAUGCGAGAGGUAUGACAAGCAAAAACCCAUAAUCAUCUCCUACAUAAAAUCUUUUUUCGAGCUCAAAAGCGUAGUUGAGCCGUCAGCUGUGGCAAUCCGCACGCUAGCUGAUAACACAGACUGCAUCUUGAGAGGGCUGAAAUCGUUAGGAGCAGAUGCAGAAAGCCGAGAUCCCUGGAUAAUAUACAUGCUAUUAAAAAAGUUGGAUGAUGACACAAAACGCCAAUGGGCAGAAAGCGACAAAGGGUCCAAGGAUCAUCCAAAAAUCGAAGAAUUUAUAGAAUUUUUAAACAAAAGAUGGUCAGCUCUUGAGUGCAUGCAAUCGUAUAAGAGCGGCGCUUCCACUUCUUUUCGUGCUCGCUGUUUCAUAGCAACAGAUUCUAAUCACACACCUGCAACGUGCGCCAGCUGCGAUGGUGCGCAUCAUCUUUACAAGUGUCCUAAAUUCAAAUCGCUGGGUGUAACUCAAAAGCGAGAAUUCGUGAAGAAUCAUAACUUGUGCUACAAUUGCCUCUCCGGAGAGCACAGAGUCAGCAAUUGCACCUCUAAGCAAAAAUGCCACCUAUGUGGACGACAACAUCAUUCAUGCCUUCACAUAGAUGCCCCCUCUAGAGGUGAAACAUCAAACAGUCAGCCUCCCUUAUCCACAUUUUCAAUACAAAGCAAUAAUAUGGUGAAUCAAAGGGUUGCGCUUCCUACAGCGGUCGUGAAAGCUUCAAACACCAAUACCACCGGAGCGACGGUCUGCAAGGUGCUGAUGGACUCAGCAUCAAUGGGAACAUUUGUGUCUGAAGAUCUAGUCCAACGAUUGCGGCUCUCGCGUAGAAACGGGCGCAUCAAGGUUGGUGGAAUUGGAGGAGCAAAAUCAAUUAUUACAAGAGGUAUCGUAUCACUGCAGCUCACAUCACGUUUCGACAGCAACGUGUCAGUCAACAUUGAUGCUUUUAUUCUGAAUCGCAUUUCACACCAAGAUAAGUCAGAUCCGGUCAAUACGUCUCAUUGCGGUUUUCCACCAAACCUGAACAUGGCAGACGACGGUUCGCUUAUCUCUCAGCCAAUAGAUGUUCUCAUUGGCUCACAACAUUUCUUCGACUUUCUUACUGAUGGAAAAUUUACCAGCAAAACAGGCUUUCCAACCAUCCAAAAUACUAUAUUUGGUUAUGUACUUGCUGGCAAAGUGCAUAACGGCGGGGAGGAUAUCUGUUCAUACUCUGUCACUGCCUCAAUUAAUGACUUCAAAAUUGAUCAAGCAUUACGUCGCUUUUGGGAAACAGAGAACGAGCCGCAAGUGCUGAGAAAAUUUUAUACUCCGGAAGAACAGUUUUGCGAAAAUCAUUUCCAAAAAACGCAUGGCUACGAUGAUGCUGUUCGGUAUAUUGUAAAACUCCCUUUCCGAGAUGAUUCACCGCGCCUAGGUGACUCUUACACUUCGGCUCGCAAGCAGUUUGCAAGUCUUGAAAGGCGCUUUGAACGCGAUGAAUCUCUUUUCAAUCAAUACAAGGCCUUCAUGGAGGAAUACAUUGCAUUGGGACAUAUGGAAAAAAUCCCUGCCUCAGAGGUCAACAAGAGCUGUGAAAAGGUUUUCUAUCUACCACACCAUCCAGUUUUAAAGCCUGAUAGCAGAUCAACUAAAUGCAGAGUGGUAUUCAAUGGAUCCGCCAAAUCAGCAUCAGGUGCAGCUCUGAACGAUUUACUUGCAGUGGGCCCUACCAUCCAGCGUGACUUAACAUCGUUAUUGCUGAACUUCAGACGAUAUCGUAUCGGCCUCUGUGGCGACAUUGUCAAAAUGUACCGACAAGUCCUUGUUCACCAUGACGACAGGGACUAUCAACGCAUCCUGUGGAGAACUAGCGCUGCUCAACCAAUAUCACACUAUAGACUCCGCACUGUCACCUAUGGAACAGCUACUGCGCCAUUCCUUGCCACACGCUGCCUCUACGCUACGGGCAAAGAUGCUGAUGAGCCUCAAACAGGUUUUAUGAUCAAAAAUAACUUUUAUGUUGACGAUCUCAUUGCAGGCGCAAACAGCGUAGAAGAAGCAUCAACUUAA